AAGAUUGUCGCUCUGUCGUCAACGAAGAAAAAGGGAGGGAGAAAGAAAAGAGAUAGCAACUCGACUUCUUUGCUCUCUAAAAAUUGAGCUUUAAUUUUCAGCCUGCGAACGAGCGAGCUGUAGGAAUGGCCAAGGCUCUCAUAUCUCUCCUCCUUUUGGCAAUUGUUAUCUCGUUUGACGAGGUGCAGGCAGUGAAGCCUAUUCCUCCAACCAAGGACAAAACUCACAUUCUUCAAGAUUCUAUAAUAGAGAAAAUCAAUGGAAAUCCUAAUGCUGGUUGGCAAGCUGCUUUGAAUCCCCGCUUCUCCAAUUACACAAUUGGUCAAUUCAAAUAUAUUCUUGGAGUAAAACCAGUACCCCAGAAUAGCUUGGUCCCUGUUCCCAUUAGAAGAUAUGAAAAAACUGUGAAGUUGCCGAAGGAUUUCGAUGCUCGAACAGCAUGGACCCAAUGCGCCACCAUCAGUAGAAUACUUGAUCAGGGCCAUUGUGGUUCCUGUUGGGCAUUUGGUGCGGUUGAAUCCUUGUCCGAUCGCUUCUGCAUUCAUUUUGGAAUGAACAUAUCCCUGUCGGUGAAUGAUCUGCUGUCAUGCUGUGGAUUUAUGUGUGGUGAUGGUUGUGAUGGUGGCUACCCUAUCUAUGCAUGGCGAUACUUUGUCCAGAAUGGUGUGGUUACUGAAGAGUGUGACCCCUACUUUGACGACAUUGGGUGCUCCCACCCUGGAUGUGAGCCUGGAUUCCCAACUCCUCAGUGCGAGAGGAAAUGCAAAGUUAAGAACCAACUGUGGCAGGAAUCUAAACACUUCAGUGUCAAUGCUUACAGAAUCGACUCUGACCCCUCGAGCAUCAUGGCUGAGGUCUACAAGAAUGGUCCUGUUGAAGUCGCCUUCACGGUUUAUGAGGAUUUUGCACAUUACAAGUCGGGGAUUUACAAGCACAUUACAGGUGGUAUCAUGGGUGGGCAUGCUGUGAAGCUGAUUGGGUGGGGAACUUCUGAGGAAGGGGAGGAUUAUUGGCUUCUUGCAAACCAGUGGAAUCGUGGCUGGGGUGAUGAUGGUUACUUCAAGAUCAGAAGGGGAACAAACGAAUGUGGAAUUGAGGAAGACGUGGUUGCUGGGAUGCCUUCAACAAAGAACUUGAUCAAGAACAUGGCCGAUGGAGAUUCAGGUCAUGUGACAGUUUGAGCAUCUAUAAAAUUACUCUAUGUGCCAUGUUGCUAAAUCACUGAAAAUAGGAACACCAGGUAGCCUGUAUAAGAUGUUAUGACCAUUGCAUUUAUGUCAAUGGACCAUAACUCCGUAAAUAUCUUUGGUGCAGAAAGGGGUCCCACAGAUCUCUUUGUAUCAGUUGGAGCAUUAUAACAGGUUUGGCUCCAUGUGAGACAUCUAUGUUAUAUACACAGGAGUUGCUAUUUGCAUGUUCUUGUUAUUUCCAGCCAAAAAAAGUGCGGGGAGUAAUUAAAACCUCACAUGCUAAAUUUUAACCAUGUUCCUGGUUGGCAAUAGCAAACACAGGUGUGAACAACAUUUCUUAACUGAAUGGUAUCACUUAAGAAGCUUGUCUUUUUGGCAAAA